GAUUGACACGCCUUUUGUUGCCCCUGCUGUGGCUACAGUCAGGCAGCUAACGGUUCUGGCUAGCUUCGCUACCUCACUGAUAAAACAAAACGUUUUGGCGGCAGAUAUAACAACCUGUAAGCGCCGUCCUGCAGGAGGAGGAUGAGCGGGGGCGAACCGAACCCAGCUGCAGUGGCUCAGCCUGUGGAGGAUGUGCACGGAGACGGACGGUGGCUGUCACAGCACACAAGAUUUGUACAGGAGUGCAAAGACGGGGAACCAGAAGUUCUGUUUGUCGGGGAUUCUAUGGUCCAGCUGAUGCAGCAGUAUGAGGUCUGGAGGGAGUGCUUCUCUCCGCUUCACGCCCUCAACUUUGGCAUUGGUGGAGACAACACCUGUAAUGUUCUGUGGAGGCUUCAAAAUGGAGAGCUGGAGAACAUCCGUCCUAAGGUGGUGGUUUUAUGGGUAGGAACCAACAACUAUGGACACACAGCAGAGCAAGUUGCUGGAGGAAUCCUUGCCAUCGCACAGCUGCUCACCUCUCACCUUCCCAAAGCUAAAAUAGUUGUGCUGGGUUUGUUGCCACGAGGCGAGCGGCCCAACCCACUGAGGGAGAAGAACGCCGCUGUGAACAAGCUCCUGCGCUCGUGGCUGCCCCGACUGGGCCAGGCUCAGCUCUUGGACGUGAGCGAAGAGUUUGUCCACUCGGACGGAAGCGUUAGCUCACAAGUCAUGUUCGACUACCUCCACCUGACGCCAACGGGCUACCGUGCCAUCGCCAAACCCCUCGGCGACCUGCUGCUUCAGAUCCUGGAGGAAACGCCAGAGGAGAGAAGGGCAUCACUGGUUUGAGAGGACAGGCUGCACAUCCUCCUCCAGGCACCUUGUUCUCGGUACCUGGAGGAGGAUGUCAUCUUUUUAGAGGGAACAAAGGGUGUGUAGA